CGCCCCGCCCCGCCCAUUUCGAGGUGCGGCGGCUCGGGACUCCAGGCCCUGAGGUCAGAGCUGACGAAGAAGUAUUCAGAAGCCAAGUCAUGGAUCCACCUGCACGUAAAGAAAAGUCCAAAGUUAAAGAACCUGUCAGCAGAGUUGAGAAGGCCAAGCAGAAAUCAGCCCAGCAGGAGCUGAAGCAAAGACAAAGAGCAGAGAUUUAUGCCCUCAACAGGGUCAUGACCGAGCUGGAGCAGCAACAGUUUGAUGAGUUCUGUAAACAGAUGCAGCCCCCUGGAGAGUGAGCCACCUGCGAUCAAAGGAGAUGGGACCCCAGAGGCUUUGUCUGUGAGCUCUUGCCAGUUUUAAGCUGAGAUGGCCCAUUUGGAGCCUUACAGAACUAGGCAAGAAGGCAUUUGUGUUAUUUCUAAAACUGGACAAAUCUGAACUUCUAUAUGUAACUUCUGCUUCCUUGGUUCCUCCAAUUUGAAUUGGCCCAAUGCUUGCUGAAGAGACUUGUUUUAUUCUUCUGAGACAAUAGUCUUUUUUUUAAAAAAAAACUUUUUCUAUUGUUUGAGAACAAUCACUGUUUCUUGUGAAACUGUAAAUCUCCAAAACUACAAA